GACUAUCAAAACUUCAGUAAGUAGUAAAUAAAUAAAAAGUAUAAAAAAUAUAAGAAAAAUUUAACAAUGAGAAAUUGCUAUAUAUAUUAAAACAAAGUCGGCAGUGCCAUUAUUGUACUAUGCGCAGGGGGGCUAAGUUAUUUUUUGAUGCAGCUGUGUUUUCCGUGUCUUUUUACACUUCCUAUCACCUUUUCUCUUACUUAAUUGAAAAAUAUCGCCCAAACAAUAUAAUUAUCGAGAAAUUAAAGAGAGACUCUUGAAGAACAUUCAGUAUGUUUAAGGUUACGUGGAGCGAGACGUAUCGACAUUGCUGUGUUUGAAAAUGGGUAAAAAAACAUGUGCACACGCAGCGCCACACGCCGAUACACAUGAGCGAUUUUAAAAAGUUUGUCAUAGCAUUUUGUCGCUUGCAUCGGAGGAUGCAACUGUCAUUGUCGUUGUAAUGGGGACAUUCAAGAGGUGAUUGAAUUGUCGGCUAGCAUUUCAUCACUGCAUAGUAGCCACAGGCAAAUCUGAGACAACCUCGGUACUUUGUAGGUACGCAAGCAGUAUCGAUAAAAAAAUACUCUAAUACAGGUGUCGCCAGCGAUGUCGGUUGUCGGCAGCAGUAGUUGAAGCACUGUUGCGUCUAAUGUAAUGUUGUCUGCUAUCAUUAUAAGGUCAACUACCCAAUUAUUGGCACUGAAAAGUAAGGAAAGUAUUGCUGCCAUAAAAUAAGUUUGUAGGCGCUCACUAUUAAUGGGCUGCCGACAAUAGGGUAGUUACGAACUAAGUUAACAAAGUCGCUGUACCUAAUGGAAUUCAACAAAACUUUUUUGCAUGAUCUUCAUUGAAAUAUAGAUAGGUAGAUAAAACAUAUAUACUAAAAACAAAUCCUAUUCGGGCAAAAAGAGUUUACCAAAAUCCCAUUGAAAAAUACCUAUCUCACCUGUCUAUAAAUAUCUGUAUUAUCCAGAAGCUUGUAAGACCUGUAGCGCCAUCUGACGAUACAAUCACGCAUCAAAAAGCAAGCAACCAAGCUCUCUGAUACCAUUCGCUCUCGACCUUACUCAAAGCUUACACAUUGCCGCCAUAGAUGGCGCAACGUGUAUAUCCAUGACCCCAGCUUCCUUAGAAACUUAUAACAACAAGCUCUAUGGAUUACUGUUAAAAUGUCAAAUGUCAGUUUGUUAAAUAUUGUCAAACAUGGUCGUGCAACGGAAAAGGGCAUUGAAGUGUUUAAAAUGUAAAUAAUUCUACAAUACCAGUACCCGGUCUGGCCAUCCACUUCAGAUUAAUACCUCAUACAUUACUGAACAGACCCCACAGCACAAAAUGCCGACCGGUACUGGUUUAGCUAAAGCGUUCUUCUCGUUGAUGUCUAACAAAGUUUACUGCAGCAAUUCCCUGGGAAGGGACAAUGGUUUCGGAAACAACUACAUUUGGGCGAGUUCUUUAGAAUCUGGUAUACAACUGGCAUCCCGCCAUAAGAAACCCAUGAUGGUCAUCAUACACAAGUCUUGGUGUACUGCAUGCAAAAAUCUGAAACCAAAGUUUGCUAAUUGCCCUGAAAUCCAGUCGCUGAGCAGAAAGUUCGUUAUGGUUAAUUUAAUAGAUGACGAGGAACCGGAGAACAAUGCGUAUGCUCCGGAUGGUACUUACAUACCCAGGAUCCUAUUCAUGUCACCGGCAGGCAAAAUCGACCACGAAAUCUAUAACGAAGACGGCAGUAGUCAGCACAAGUUUUUCUACAGUCGACCGGAGCAAAUCGCAAAGUCUAUGAGAAAAGUCCUCGAAAAGUAUCACCUCGAGAAGUUCGAUGUAUGAAACACCUUCAUGAAAAUACUGGUAUUACUGAUGUGAAUUCCGAAUAUGGAAAUGUAACUCUUUUCAGUGAUUGCAUGGGCGAGGAACCAGUAACGUCUGCAGUCUCCGAAUUUGAAUCACCUACUUUUUACCACGCUUCGGUAACGGAAACAUGCAUACGAAAAGAUUCUACUUGAGACAUUUGCACAAAUAAACUAAGUCAAAUAUA